AUACGGCGCUCCGAUGGUCGCUGGUAUCGGUUCAACCUAUUUGAGCGCUAGAUCUGGCGCGCAUCAGAGAAACGGCGUUCUGUUUCCUACCAAUAAGGACCAACCGACGCCGACUGGUGUUCCUAGGUGCUAAUGGUGCUCCUUACCCCGAGUUCUGGAUUGCGCCUGUUAGUGUUGGCGAUGUCCUCGACAUUUGGGUGCGUCCUCGCCGACUUUUUUUUUCUUGUUAUUAUUAUUAUUUUUCUUGAGGUAUUUGUGUGCUGAGAAAAUCUAGGGAAAUUUUCUUCUGUAAUAUUGAUUUCAUGUUUAGUGAAUUGAAUGAGAUCUGUUUUCUAUGUUUGUUUCUUAGUUCUACUCUUUAGCUUAGAUUUCUUAGGAAAACAAGAGUAUUUGGUGAAUUUAGUUGUUUUGGUUAUGGAGGAGAAUCUAGGGGAAUAGAUUGCCUGUUUAGGUGAAUAGAUUGCCUGUUCUUUUCUUCUGUAACAUUGAUUUCAUGUUUGGUGAAUUGACUGAGAUCUGCUUGCUAUGUUAGCUACUUUGUUCUACACUUUAGUGUAGAAUCUGUAGAUUUUUUAGGAAAACAAGAUUAUUUAGUCGAUUUAGCUGUUUUAGUUUUCUAAGGAAAAACAAGAAUAAGUAUUUGGUAACUUUGGCCAUUUGAUAAGGUGAUUUUUCUACUUUUCUGCUAUUAAAACUCUGAGAGUAGUAAGGAUGCAGUUUUCCUUCACUUGUUUGCACUUUAUGGUACAUACUUUUUUGAUGCAUUUUAUUUACUCCUAGGAAGUUGUUUGUUUUGUUUGUGUUUAUGCUUCAAUCAUUUGGUAAUCAAGAACAAUGUGGAAAAGGGAAUGGGACUUAAUUUCUUGAUUGCAUUUGUAUUGUUGUUGAAAGUCCCUUGGAAAUUGGUAGAUAUAUUUGCAGAUUUGUUCCUCCACUUUAGGUGUAUGCUAGAAUUUAUAAGGAGUAGUUUUCGCUGGUUUUUGAAGAACAUUGUUUAAAUGUAGGUAAACGAGUGAGAGGGACCAAUGGGAUGGGACAAGUACAUGCUUGUUUUUUUAUCUGAUGCAGAAGUGCAGCCAGGCAUUCUUAGGAGGUGAAGUUUUAUACCAUUUUUUGGUUUUAUUGCAUUUUCUAGACUGUUGUUGGAAUU